CUUCGCUUCUGUAACACAGCGGCCAUGAAGAAGGAGUAGGGAAGCCCAGAAAGAGCCGAGAAUUUGGGGGAACCAGGAAAGGGUACGGAUGCCGGGAAGGGGAGAAGGGGCGAAGAUUGCCUUGAGCUGGCGAGUUCAAUGGCUGAGAGUAGACUCCGGCCUCCGGACUUAGGGGCUCAGCUGGGAGUUUCCAGUUGUCUGGAAAAAUGCCAGAAGAGCUCACCAGAUGCUGGGAGGCGGCAGCCCUUUUCUGGAAAGUCCUUUUACUUGGAUCUGCCUGCUGGCAAGAAUCUCCAGUUUUUAACGGAGGCCAUCCAGCAGCUGGGUGGGGUAAUUGAGGGUUUUCUGAGCAAAGAAGUAAGUUGCAUCGUGUCCAGCCGCAGGGAGGCGAAGACAGAGAGUAGCAGGACCAGCCACAGAAGCUGCUCCAGCCCCAGCGAGGUCAGAGUGGAAGCACCAUCCAUGGCUGAACCAAAAGGCAGCCACACCAGGCCCUUACAGAAACCCGUAGACUUGGUGCCUAUGAGCAGAGGGAAGGAGCUACUGCAGAAGGCCAUCAGAAACCAGGGGAGCAGUAGUGGAGGAGGCAGUGGGAGCAGCAGCAGCCUCCUGACCAAUGCCCGCUCCUGGGGAGUGAGGAUUCUGCAUGUGGAUGACAUGAUGGUGCAUGUGCAGCAGCUCUCUCUAGAUGCUUUAUGUGCGAAGAAACAAGGGCCAAAGAAGGCAGAGGGAACAUGUCCAGCAGAGUCAAGAACGCGGAAAGUGGCCAGACUGAAAGCACCAUUUCUCAAAAUUGAAGAUGAGAGCAGGAAGUUUCGUCCUUGCCACCAUCAGUUUAAAUCCUUUCCUGAAAUUUCUUUUCUGGGACCCAAAGACGCAAGUCCCUUUGAGGCCCCGACGACCCCAGGCAGCUUGCACCGCACCAGACAACUCAAGGACCGAAAGCCAAGCCCACGAUCCGCUGCCUGCACCGUGCCCAGAAGAAAGAAAGGGUACUGUGAGUGUUGCCAGGAGGCCUUUGAGGAGCUGCAUGGGCACCUGCAGAGUGCCCAGCACCAGGGCUUUGCCCUAGAAGCCCACCCAUAUGCAGAAGUCGAUCGGAUCAUCGCCCAGCUCAGCCACAGCUUUGCGGACAUUCCCUUCCAGGCCAGCCUGCCCGGGCAGCCAGGCUCCCCGGCUUCGGAUCAUGACUCGCUGUGUCCGGAGACUCUGCCUCCCAGCCAGCCCUCCUGUGGAGGGGCAGCAUCUCCCAGGAUGAGGAAGGAAGACGGCUACCAGGCCCCAGGCAUCCCAGAGCAAGAUGGGAUAAUGGGCGGCAGGAAGUCACCAGCUGAAUGUGUGGGGGCUGGUGAGACACCUGGACCAGUAGCCAGCUGCCAAGACCUAGGGGGGUCAGUUGAUGUCAUUGUGGACCCCCCAAGCACACUGGUGUCCAGAAGCCCCACUUGCUGGUGCCUCUUGGCCAGCUCUGGUUUUGCGGACCUCUCCUCUGGCCCAGACCCAGCACUUGUUGGCCACAAGCGGAGGGUUCAGUUCCCCAGUGGUAAUGCUGAGAAGAGGCCAGGGGUCUCCUGGCCACAGGCCUCAUUCUUUGUCCCAAGAGCCCUUAGCCCCGGUGGCACCAGGACAGCUGAUGGCAGACAUCUCUUCUCCCUUUCCCUUCCAGGGCAUGAGUCCCGGCCUCUGACCUCUCUCUUGCCCUUGUGCUGCCCACAGACCAGCCUCUCCCUCCCAGACCCCUUCCCCUGCCAGCUCACAGACAGGCCAGCAGAGAUCUGGGCCACACAGCCCCCCUGGCCUGGGGGAGGAUAUUCCCCAGGAUCUGAGGAUUCCGAGUGUACAGCCCCUGACCCUGGCUCUCAGCAGACUGACCAGCUUCCCAGCUGCUCUGCAGCUCCAGGCCAGCUGUCAGCCCACCAGCACACAGCUGAAGGCACAUAA